CGCGCGCGCACACACACACACACACACACACACACACACACACACACACACACACACACACACACACACACAGCAGCUCAGGGUCACCUGUCCACAGGUGUGAUGUAGGAGUCAUGUGUCUGCAGACGGUGCUGCAGCAGAGAAUAAGCUCCGCCCAGGCGUUGCUGCAGCGGGCGGAGCACCUCUGUCAAGGUGUGGAGGGACAUCAGAAGCUGUGUGGUAAACUGCGGGUGGAGCUGCGCUUCCUGCAACGGGUGGAGGCCGGAGAGCUGCAGGUCAAAGAGUCUCACCUGCACAGCACCAACCUGACUCACCUGACGGCCAUCAUGGAGUCGGUGGAGAGUCUGGAGGAUGUGGUCGCUCUGCUGUAUGUCUUCACCUACCAGGACACCGCCAGCUGCAGACAGACGCUGUUUUGGGGUGCUGCUGCAGGGGUGGAUUAUCAGUUUGUCUUGCCUCAAAAAGGCAGUGUCUCCUCUGUCUCGUGUAGCUCUCAGUUUUGGCAGCAGUUCUUUUCUUUUCAGUCGGACAGCAUCCGUGUAGUCCCCAUUUAUAUAGAUCUUGGUACCCUUGAGGUUCUUGGCUCUCUGUAGAACUGCAGAUCUGUCUUUGUAAUGUACAAACCUGACUAUUAUUGGUCUGGGUCUGUCACUUCCAGACACAGGUUUCCCUGUGCGGUGUGCACGUUCCACCUCGAUCUCGUGCUGCAACUGUAGCCUUUCUGAGAAGACCCUCUUCACCUUCUCCUCGGAUUCAGCCCAGGUCUCGCCAGGUGACUCCAUGAUACCAUCAAUGAUUAUUUCUUCUUGAUUGUCCCUCCAAAUAUUCCAUUUUAUCAGAGUAAGCUGUCACAUAUUUAUAGGAUGUCAGGCUGCAUCGCGUUGCAAUGUUCAGUCUGUUCAGCGCUUUUCAUGUCGUCUACUUCCUUCUGGGUAAAUUGGAUGCUUGUUUUAAUCUCCUGAACUUCUCUUGAAAUCACAUGCAAUCGUGUGCUUGUAGAGUCCAUAAUGAUCUGUAUAAAACUUUUAAAAUUAUCUUGCUGCUGUUGCAAUAGUUCAUUUACCUAUGCUAAUGAAACAUAAUCCUCCUCCGUUUUUGCUUCAGACUUAUUCUUAGGUGGCAUUUUGGGUUCUCGUAUCCAGGUAGCUGCUGCUGGAGCCUGGUGGCUAGGCUGCUGUUGAUGCAGACAGACAGGCCCAAAUCCAGAUCCUCCAGAUAUCUCCUUUAACUCUAGUCUGUUAAUCAGCCCUAAACCUAAACUAGAUUAUAAUUCAUUUGAAAGCCUCGUUCUUAGUCUUUCACAUCCGACCUGGAAAACCUCGCAGCCACUUUUAUUUGUUAUAGUGUACCGUGCUCCUGACCCGUAUUCUGAAUUUGUUUCUGAAUUCUCAGAGUUUUUAUCCAGUUUAGUUCUUAAAUCAGAUAAAGUUAUUAUUGUAGGCGAUUUUAACAUUCAUGUCGACGUUGAUAAUGACUCCCUGGCUACUGCGUUUCUCUCAUUGGCUUCAGUCAGGGUGUACAUGAACCCACUCA